CGCGUUAUCCUCUGUGUAAACAAUGCUCUGAAAUCGUAACAAAAUAUAUAUUUUAUCGGAUAGUUAGCUCACCGUAGCGUGCCUUACGAUAAACAUGGCCGCGGCCGGCGCGGACGCUCAGUACACUCGCAACCGGGGCCGCACGCACGCGUCGCCACAUCAAAUAAAUAAACCGAUAAAAUAUUAAUUUAUCAACAAACUGUGAAUAAGUGUCCAACGGAUUUUUACCUCAGAGUCGAUAGAACGUGACUUUUUAAAAGGGUUCGUUUUCGCGGGAGUGAAUUUGGACGCGUUCACGUGGAUGCCGGCAACGCGGAUUCGAAAUUUGAAUUCGUCAAGGUCCAUUCAAGUUAUUGGCGCGUUUUGUGUCUCCGCACUUUCGUUCAGUUAGUGCAUUACAGAUCCAAGAUGGUGGUGCGAGUAGCAACGGACGAGCGUCCGUUCGAGACGCCGUCGUCGGACGAGAGCGGUCUGGGCCGCGACUCGCCCAGCGAAGACUCCGAGCCAGAAGCAGCUCUGGUGGUCCCACCCGAUGGUGGCUGGGGCUGGGUCAUCGUGUUCGCCUCCUUCAUGUGCAAUGUUGUCGUGGACGGCAUCAUAUUCUGCGGAGGCAUGCUCAACGAUCCCAUCAAGAAAGAAUUUAAUGCUAGUGACGGUCAAGUGGCGCCUGUGCAGUCUCUGUUGGCCGGCUUCUAUCUUCUAGCGGGGCCUUUCGUUUCGGCCCUAGCAAACAAGUACGGCUUCCGUGUGGUGACUAUCGUGGGCAGCGUGAUUAGCACCGUUGCAUUCGGACUAUCCUACUUCGCGACCAGCGUGGAGUACCUCUACCUAGUCUACGGCAUCAUUGGAGGUAUCGGAUUCUGCAUGAUUUACAUGCCAGCAGUGUUAACAGUCGGGUUCUACUUCGAGCGCUGGCGCGCCCUCGCCACAGGCAUUGCGCUCUGCGGCUCUGGCGUAGGCACUUUUGCGUUUGCGCCGCUUGGUGAAUACCUUCUCAAGUCCUAUGGAUGGAGGGUCACUGUUGUUAUGUAUGGAGGAUUCAUUCUCCUAUGCAUCAUCUUUGGUGCACUGUUCAGACCCAUAAAACCGGUGCGAGUGGCGCUGGCUGAUCAAUCUGGCGAUGACGACGUCGCACGUAGGCACGAGGAAGCCGUCGAAAAGCUCAACUCCAUGCUCAAACUGCAUAGCAAGCUGGACUCUGGGAUCUCGAUGCCAGCCGAAAUGAGAUUCAGUAACAAAGUUAGUCCACACACGUGGGUAGGAGUCGCGAAUAAUACCCGUUACCCGACGGCCGAGGAAGUCUUCCGGGGCAGCAAUUCUCAUCUAAGCCGACGAUCAUCAGCAACUGCAGGAACGAUUAAGAAUACUCUCGGAAACAGACCGAUGUUCAUCACGGGCCCGGUCGCCGAGAAAGAUGAAGAUGAUUCCAACAGCAAUAUUGACAACACUGAGCCACUCAUCAGGGCCCCUAUCAAAGUUAUACAAAGAGAGGUCAGGCCUCGCCAUUCACACGCCGAUCUAGUCGCUAGGCCCCUAUACAGAGACGACAUUUUCUUUAGCGGCAGUUUGGUCAGGCUACCCCAAUACACGUCUCGGAAUUCUCUAGGUUACCAUAUGGCUGUUACUCACGUACCAACUAAGGAAGAUGCUCAAGAAGAAGAGUCUGGAAAAUGCCGUCUUUGCCCAGAAGCAGUGAAGCGAACCCUCGCUACCAUGUUGGACGUAAGCUUAUUCCGAUCACCGACGUUCGUAAUUCUCGCCGUGUCAGGUUUCUUCACGAUGCUGGGAUUCUUUGUUCCUUACAUGUACGUUAAACAGAGGGCGAUGGAAAAAGGAGGCAUUGAUGCAACAACUAGCACCUUGUUGGUGUCCACGAUUGGUGUGGCGAACAUCGUGGGCCGUAUGGCGUGUGGUCUGGUGUCAUCAAUGCCCAAAGUAUCUCCGCUGUGGCUAAACAAUAUUGCGCUGACGGCUGGUGGAAUAGCGACUAUGUUCAGUGGAUACUGCUUCCAUGUAGGCUACCAGUUUGCAUACUGCGCAUUGUUUGGACUUGCUGUUGCUUGUUUCGCGUCGCUGCGGUCGAUCCUGGUCGUAGAAUAUAUCGGGCUGGAGCAGCUCACCAACUGCUUCGGUCUCUUCCUGCUCUUCCAAGGUUUCGGCGCAUUAUUAGGUUCUCCAAUUGCGGGAGCUAUAAAGGACAUGACGGGAGACUUCGUGGUCCCAUUCUACGUGGCUGGAGGGUUCCUGCUGUUCUCUGCCCUGAUGUGCUACCCUAUCGACUACAUCAGCCGGUGGGAGAAGUCGCGCUCCAAGCUCGCCACGCCACCCCCCAAAGUCUGAUCCCUUCCGGACCAUACGGGACCAUAAUACACCGGACUCAUUUCGGUUCAGUAAAGACAAGGUGCCAAAACCCCGGUCGAAUAGUGUGCGUUAGACCCUGCGGAUGAAUCUCAGGCGACAACGUGACUGAAAUGUACAAAUUAAGCUGUUCAGUCAGAUAUAUCGGACGAUACCUCGAAUACGAAAUUCAUAAGUAGAAACAUUCCCAGUAGAAUUGGACAAUGCUCGAGAUUGCUUUGCAAUGGCUCAGUUAAGUCAGAUCUUGCAUUUAAAUAUAGAAUUAGAAUUUAGAAAGUACAAAGACUCGAAAUAUUUAUCUUAGUGGCAGUCUUGUCAGUGUCGUUGUUAGUGGAUGUGGACUGAAGCCAAAACGUACUUUAUUAUUAAGAAUAGAUUUGUACUUACCAAGUGAAAACACUAGAGGUCUCGAAGAGACUACUCCUAAUCCGUCUUCCAUAAAAUCUAAGUUAAAUUUUGAAAUUAUCUAUAACUAUCUAUUUCAUUAAAAUUAAGAUUCUUUAAACCGAAAAUAUUUUAUACACUGUAUAAUAUAUUUUAUAAUAUACAGAAAUGUUUUGGAUCCUUUCUUCAUAUACAAAUCGCAUGCACCCUAGUGUAACAAACAACUUACAAGUACGUACGGAGUACAUAUUUUAAGACUUUUACACCUAACAACGUAAUAAUAAUUGCAUAUCAUUAUGCAGAGUGAUUUAAUAUUAUUAAUUUAAAGGUUUGCUAGUUGUAAUGUUCGUGCCUUAUUGAAUGAGUGGUACUUAUUAUAGAUUAUACUGUAUACUAUUUUAUAUACAAGUCCCCGGAUGGGAAGGAAAGUUCCAAAUGCCGUUUGUACUAUACUUACAAGGCCUUUUAUACUUUUUUAUGUGUUUAACAUAAAUAUUAUAUUUAACUUAGAAUAAGAAUUACUGCUGUGGCUGUGGUAUAUUAGCGUAUUCUAGAGCUUGUAAAUAAGAAAUCAUAGUCAUCGGGUAUUCUUUUGUAUUUCUGUUUGAUAAAAUCGCGUUAUUCUAUUUCAACCGGUGUACCCAUAUCAAAAUCGUCACAUAUUCGAAUUUGGUGAUGUUGAUAGGGGUACCUUGUAGAAGAAGGCUUCUACUGGUAUAAAUAUUACCACUCUUGUAUACCUACAUAAAGUGGUAUGAGUAUACCUACUGCCCAAAAGUGGGUUGGAUACAAAGCUCCCUAUUAUUAGCGACUUGCCCCUCUUACUUAAAUAAUUGAAAAAAGAGGGGGCAGAUUGAGAGUGUCAGUACCGGAACGUACCGUGCUAGCAUGAGUGACUGACAAGCAGGGUAAGUUUAACGAAAAAUGAUAAUGCGGUUUUAUUCAUAACAAGUUACUACGAGACAUUUGUGCAAUCAUACCACUUCUAAAAUUAAAAUAUGAAAUCACUGCCAAUAUUUUUAUUUAUUAUUGUAUUUCUUGUGUUAGUUUUAUCAAAUUAUUAAAUAUGAUGCUGGUCAUUGCAAAAAUAUGAUAAAAUAUUUACAUCAAUUAAAAUUAAAAGGAAGUUUUUUUUAUAACUUGUUGAUAUAGAUUUCGGAGUGGUUGUAUGUAUUGCCUUAUUUUAUUUAUUUUAUAAGUUGUUUUGUUUAUGACUAUGAUUUUUUGUGUGUAUUGAGUGUGGAUACCACAGUGCCAUAUUAAAAUGUUAUGUCCAGUUGCUUGCGAUAUUCCUUUACGAAAAAACGAGGCAAAUAAUAGAUCGAAAUGCGAUACGAUGAAACUGAUUUAAUCCAAACUUAGACUUUCAUAUAUGUUUAAUUUAUGAACAAACAAAUGAUCUAUUAACAAAACCGUCUCCUCUCUUGAUGUAAAAAUAAAUGGGAAAACUCCCAGGAGUCCAAAACCCUCAGCAGAAUCAAAAUACUUACAGGUCGGGUUUUGAUAAAUGUAGAAAAACACUGCAGUGAAUCAUUAUGAGAAUGAAAAGAUCAUUAGUAGGUAGGCGAAGGUAACAGAAGAAUAAUGAAAUACAGGGAAUAAAAAUGAAUUACACUCCUAGAUUAGAAAUUAUGGAAGGAAUGCAAGCAAUGUUACGUACCCUAAUGGAUUAGAUGAGUGUUUUAACCAGGGUUUUCCCUUUGCAACAAUUGUAUAAAUAUAUUUGUUGAAUUA